AUGGAAGGUGAAAGAGGGGUAUGGGAUGCUGUAAAACUGCUUAAGGACAGGGCACUGCAAGAAAAAGGAUUCGCCUUACACCAUGUAAAAGACUGCUCCCUAGAUGAUCUAAAAAAAAUGGUAGAAAUAGUAUUUAAAGACACAGAUGUAGAGAUCGAUAUCUACACAACGACAGCUAAACGAAAGGAAGACCAAAAGAGUAAACAAGAUAGAACUAUAAUUGGACAAAGAAAAACCUACGCAUUAAUUGUUGAAAACCGAGAUAAAUCAUAUACAGAAGUGGUAAGAGGUAUCAAAGAACAAAUGAAGGGGAAGGCGGAAGCCGAAAAGAUAGAAGGAAUAAGGCAGACAAGAGAUGGAAAGGUAUUAGUAGUAACGAAGAGAGACAAAGAUGCUACUGAAAAGAUAGAAGAGAUAUUAAACAGAGAAAAAGGACAAAAUGUUAGUUCCAGGGGAAUAGAAGAGAGAAAGAAGAGAGCAUAUAUAUGCAUAAAAGGAAUGGAAAUAACCACGCAGAGGGAAGAAGUAAUAGAGGCGGUGAAACAGUGGCUCGGUAGUAUGAAAGAAGAAGAAUGUAAAAUAGGGAAACUGAGACCGUAUGCGAUAAGCAUGCAAGCAGUAACCAUAGAGACCAAUAGAGAUACAAUUAGUAAAUUGAUAAAGAAUGGAAGGAUCAGAGUAGGACUAGCAAACUGCCAAAUAGAAGAGAGAAGAGACAUUAAGAAGUGUCUAUUAUGCUGGUCAGCGACACAUCUAGCAAGAGACUGUCCAAAUGAGGACAGAAGAGGAUGGUGCUUUAAGUGCGGCGAUGAAGGACGUCAAACGAGUACAUGUGAGAAUGAAGAAAGAUGCCCUGAUUGUAAAGUAAAGGGACAUAGAGCGGGAACGGGAAGAUGCCCUAUCUACCGAAAACUGUUGAAUCAAGUCAGAGACAAAGAUAAAAACGCAGAAAGGGAGCAGCAAAAGAAAGAGAAAAAUACACACACAGAAACAAGAAUAGAACUAAGAAAAGACACAGAUACAGAAAUAACCUCGAAUGAGAAGAGAAGACAAAAUGUAGAAGUGAGUCAUGACGAAGGAUUGGAAGAGGUAAACGAAAAAGAUGAGCCACUGUGGACCUCACAAAGGAAAGGUAAAAGAGGGAAAGGUAUUGAAAAGAGGAAGAAAGUAGAUAAACUGAGUAGAAGUGAAGAUAGCAAAAAAGAAGUGGGGGGCGGUAUAGCCGAAGAAACACCACACAACUAG